AUGGUUUAUCCAUAUAUAGAAAUACUUAAAAGAUCAUUUGCACUUCAAUUAGAUUAUGGAGAAACAAAAAAAUUAUAUUUGAAUUUAAUUUAUAGUUGUACUUCUGAUAAGGAUAAUAAUACUGAUUAUAGUUCAGAUUCUAUUAGUGAUGAUAAUAGCAUGCCAAACAAUAUUAAUAUGAAUGAAUACUUGCCUUCUGUCAAUCCUGAUGGUUUAUUACAAAAAGUUCAUGCUGCUAUCUUUUUGUCUCUAGACGAACUUUGGACUAUAUCUUCAGAUCUGUCUUUAAUUACAUUGAUCCUUGAUCCAUGGUUUAAAACUUUUCAAUAG